UGGGGCAUGAAUUGAGGGUUUCUUUCUUGGUCAUUAUCUUCUUCUUCUCAUUCACAUCCAUCUGUACGGUGAAUGGAGACCAUAACUAUAGCGAUGCCCUGUCUAAGUCCAUUCUGUUCUUUGAGGGCCAAAGAUCCGGCAAACUCCCGUCGACGCAAACUAUGAAGUGGCGAGGUGAUUCUGCCGUCGACGACGGUUCCUUGGCUGAUGUGGACUUAUCCGGCGGAUACUACGACGCCGGCGACAAUGUGAAAUUCAACUUUCCGAUGGCCUUCACUACAACAAUGCUGUCAUGGAAUGUAUUGGAGCACGGCAGGCGAUUGGGCCCUGAAUUACAGAACGCACGUGCUGCGAUCCGAUGGGCCGCCGACUACCUGCUCAAGUGUGUGACUGCCGCACCCGGCCAGAUCUUCGUCGGCGUCGGAGACCCAAAUUCCGACCACACUUGCUGGGAACGACCGGAAGACAUGGACACUGUGAGGAGCGUUUACUCUAUUUCGUCGGAGCGUCCAGGGUCUGACGUGGCAGGAGAAAUGGCUGCCGCGCUGGCUGCGGCUUCCCUGGUUUUCCGGAGAGCCGACCCGGCUUAUUCCAAGAAGCUUCUGGGUAAUUCAGUUGACGUGUUCUGGUUUGCAGUCCAGUACGAAGGAAAAUAUAGUGAUCAACUGAAAUCUGCAGUUUGUCCUUUCUAUUGCUCUUAUUCUGGAUUCAAGGAUGAGUUAAUGUGGGGAGCAGCUUGGCUCUUGAGAGCAACCAAUGAUGACUCAUACUACGAAAUCAUCAAGGCCUUGACAGUCGAAUCACCAGACAAUUUCAGUUGGGACAACAAGGUUGCUGGUGCCUAUGUCCUUCUGUCCAGGAGAAGUCUGUUUGCAAAUGGCAAAAAGUACCAAAACUACGCACAACUUGCAGAGGACUUUAUGUGUAAAAUCCUUCCGGACUCCCCUUCUCUCACUACACAUUAUACAAAUGGUGGUUUGAUGUACAAGUUGCCACAGAGUAAUCUCCAAUAUGUGACAUCUAUAUCAUCCUUGACGACAACAUAUGCAAAGUACAUGGCUUUCAGUAAAAAGACCUUCAACUGUAACAAUCUCGUAGUCACUCACAAUACCCUGCGAAGCUUUGUAAAAAAACAGGUGGACUACAUUUUGGGAGACAAUCCAUUGAAAAUGUCGUACAUGGUCGGGUAUGGGCCAAAUUAUCCAAAAAGGAUCCACCACAGGGCAUCCUCCAUUCCAUCAACGGAAACACAUUCGAACUCUGAUGGUUGUCACGGCUUUGAAUCAUUCUUUUCGGCAUCAGACCCAAACCCGAACAUCUUAACCGGAGCCAUCGUUGGGGGUCCAGAUCAAGACGACAACUUUCCGGAUGAUCGGACGGACUACAGCCAUUCGGAACCUGCUACAUAUAUUAAUGCUUGCGUUGUGGGCCCUCUAGCUUAUUUUGCUAAUCGCUUGAGAAGCUGAUUCAGGCCGGGCACAUUAGUGGAUUUUGGUAUUAUAUCAAGGAGCCAAUAUAUACUUAAUCAAUCACCUCCUAUGUAAAACAACAAAAUUUUAUGGUACUUGAAUCGUAAGACAACAAAAUUCCCAUGUUUUUGUUUUUAUUCUAUUAUUAUUUGAAUGAGAAUGACUUCUUGUACAAACGAUGAGAGGAAAUUUGUCACUUAUAUACAUUUAUGGUGGGAACGACACUCACCUAGCAGGAUGG